AUGGAAGAAGAAGAACUGGACUGUCUACACCCGUCCUCUGAAAAGCGCUAUUUUCCUGACUCCCUGGAUUCCAGUGAUGGGGAUGACGAGGGGGUUUUGGCCUGUGAGGAUUUGGAGCUGAACCCUUUUGAUGGGUUGCCGUAUUCAUCACGUUAUUACAAACUCCUAAAGGAGAGAGAAGAUCUUCCCAUAUGGAAAGAGAAAUACUCCUUCAUGGAGAAUCUGCUUCAAAAUCAGAUUGUGAUUGUUUCUGGAGAUGCUAAGUGUGGCAAGAGCUCUCAGGUUCCUCAGUGGUGUGCCGAAUAUUGCCUUUCCAUCCACUACCAGCAUGGGGGCGUGGUAUGCACCCAGGUCCACAAGCAGACUGCCAUCCAGCUCGCUCUCCGGGUAGCAGACGAGAUGGACGUCAACAUUGGCCAUGAAGUUGGCUACGUGAUCCCUUUUGAAAACUGCUGCACCAGUGAAACGAUCCUGAGGUUGGCUUUUGGGGUUCCUGUGCUCUCCCUGGAUAUAGAAAAAGCCUAUGAGAUUGUCUGUCAAGAGGGGUCCAACUUAAACCCAGACCUGGGGGAACUGGUGGUGGUUCCCUUAUACCCGAAAGAGAAGUGUGCACUCUUCAAACCGAAUGAUGAGACGGAGAAGCGAGGCCACGCUUAUCAGAGGAGGGUGGUGCUGACCUCAGGCUCGGGAGCAUCUCUCAUCUACAGCAACACCAUCAGAUUCGUUAUUGACGUGGGCGUGGAGAGGAGAAAGGUGUACAACCCUAGAAUAAGAGCCGACUCGCUUGUCAUGCAGCCCAUCAGCCAGAGCCAAGCAGAGAUCCGCAAGCAGAUUCUCGGCCCGUCGUCUUCAGGCAAGCUCUUCUGCCUCUACUCUGAAGAGUUUGCCUCCAGAGACAUGAAGCCCCUCCAGCCAGCACAAAUGCAGGAGGCCAACCUGACCAGCAUGGUGCUCUUCAUGAAGAGGAUAGACAUUGCGGGCUUGGGCCACUGUGACUUCAUGAACCAGCCAGCACCGGAGAGUCUGAUGCAAGCACUGGAGGACCUGGACUACCUGGCAGCGCUAGAUAACGAUGGGAAUCUUUCUGAAUUUGGAAUCAUCAUGUCGGAGUUUCCGCUUGACCCACAGCUCUCCAAGUCCAUCUUGGCGUCCUGUGAAUUUGACUGUGUGGACGAGAUGCUAACAAUUGCUGCCAUGGUAACAGCUCCUGACUGCUUCUCACGCCUGCCGCACGGAGCCGAGGAGGCCGCCUUGACCUGCUGGAAGGCCUUUGUCCAUCCCGAAGGGGAUCACUUCACGCUCAUCAAUAUCUACAAGGCCUACCAGGACGCAGCCCUGCAUGCUGCCACCGAGCACUGUGUGGAGAAGUGGUGUCAGGACCACUUCCUGCACUGGUCCGCGCUCAGGGCAGCCGACGCCAUCCGAGCCGAGCUCACAGAGGUCAUCAGGCGCAUUGAGCUGCCUUACGCAGAGCCCACCUUCGGCUCCCAGGAGAACACCCUGAACAUCAAGAAAGCGCUCCUGUCUGGCUACUUUGUGCAGAUUGCUCGGGACGUGGAUGGGUCGGGCAACUACCUGAUGCUGACACACAAGCAGGUGGCCCAGCUGCAUCCGCUCUCCGGGUACUCCCUCAGCAGGACGCUGCCGGAGUGGGUUCUCUUCCACAAGUUCAGCAUAUCUGAGAACAACUACAUCCGAGUCACCUCUGCGGUCUCCCCCGAGCUAUUUAUGCAACUGGUUCCACAGUAUUACUUCAGUAAUCUGCCUCCUAGUGAGAGUAAGGACAUUCUACAGCAAGUAACGGAGCACUUGACGCCCACUGCAACAACGGACAAGGAAGAGGAGGUGUGCGAGAAGUGCCCGGAAAGCACUGCUGAGCAGAGGUGCACUCUCCAGUGA